CCGAAUUCCCGAAGACCAUCCGGUGCGAAAUUAGUUAGCUUUUUUUUUUUUUUAAUUUAAAAACCUCACUGUGGAUCAUCUUGAAUCAAGUUUAGUUGAAUUAUGAAUGUUGUUUCCAAAUGAAUGUUCUUAACGUUUGCCUCUAAUAUUAGACAUUAAUAUUUUGCUAACUGUAUAUAAAUGUAUAAUUUAACUAUAUUCUGAUCAGAAUGAGAUUGCAAAACUCUCAUAUAUUUCUUUACAAGCCAUGCUUAACAUUAGGCAAAAGAUUUCACUAUAAUCCAAAUCUAUGCAACUCUUUAAAUGACAGCUCAAGGAUCUCUGUAUUGUGGAAAAAACCCGUUUUUAUAAAUUAUUUUAAACAAAAUGACCCGAAGGUUUCAAUAUUUUUCAGCUCAUUCUUUUUUUUACACUUUAAUGGUAUUCAUAGUUAUAAACUAUUUAACUUAAUAGUUUUUAAUGAAUUGAAAAAACUCCAUAGAGAAAUUCAUCGUAUAACAUGCUAUAGUAGCUUUAUUUGUAAUUAUGUUAAAAAGAAUCAAAGAAGUUCGAACUUUAUUGAUCCUGGUUUGCCAAGUGAAUCCCAACUUUAUGAGUUAAUGAAUUAUUUUGUUGAAAAAGCACCAAAACUAUUUUCUGAUCAGGGAUGGACCUAUGAUAAAUGCAGUGAAAAAAUUAUCUUCCAAAAUAUGAUGUUUUUUAUAGAAACUUCAACUAAAAGAAGUUAUAUUGCUCAAAUAAAUAUUCUUAAAAUGAUUAUGAAAUCUAUAUUUGAAAAACCUGAACUUAGUGUAGUGAGAAUAACCAAAAAUAGCCAAGAUGGUACAAUUCAUAUACGCUGGCAAAUUCAAGGAAUUCCAUGGUGGCUGAAGGUAUUGACAAUUCUAAAUGAUAAUCAUAGCCAAUACAUGAGAUAUAUCGAUGGAUUUUCGGUGUUUUAUAUAAAGAGUGAUGGCUUAUAUCACAAACAUAUCUUGAUGAAGAUGACACCAUUGCGUAAUGAAAAUAAAGAAAGUACAUUAUCAAGUUUUUUGACCAAAAUAGGUUAUUUUAGUCCUGACUUAGAACCUUUACCAAAAUCUGCAUCAUUACCUAUUGAAAAUAAAAUGUUAAAGUGAAAUUAAAAUAACAUGCCCAAGAGAAGAAAAAAUAGCUUAUCUGCUAAAGGACUAAAGAAGCAAAAAAAUAUUUCAUCGUCCUCAAAUGAACAAUUUUUAUUAUCUGAACAAUCGUCAUUAAUUGAUCAAUCCUUAUUAGUUGGACAAUCUUCUUCAACUAAUAUAUCAAGUUCAAUUCAUUUGCCAUCAGUUUCUUCUGAUA